CGGAUGGCCCCACUGUAGCAUGACUGGGCUUUUAAAUUUUUUUUGGUUGCACUUGGAUCCACUUAUUAUUAAUUAAUAAUAAUAUACUAAUAAAAUAUUACAAUGCUACGCAUUUCGGCAGAGCAAGGCAUACGAAAACUUAGCACUAAUGGGUUAACGGUAAAAUGCAACCGAUUAGAAGGAAAAGUAGCAAUUGUAACAGCAUCAACUGAAGGGAUCGGUUUUGCAAUUGCAAGACGUUUAGCUCAAGAAGGUGCUAAGGUAAUGGUCAGCAGUCGCAGAGAGUCAAAUGUAAAGAAAGCUGUGGAACAACUUAAAUCUGAAGGUUUACAAGUUUCUGGUGUUAUAUGCCAUGUUAGUAAAAAAGAUCAUAGAAAAAAUCUUUUCAAUAAAACAAAAGAGGAAUUUGGUGGCUUAGAUAUCCUUGUAUCAAAUGCAGCUACAAAUCCUAGUGCAAAUACCAUCUUUGAUACCUCUGAAGAACUAUGGGAUAAAAUCUUUGAUGUUAAUGUUAAAAGUACUUUUCUUUUAAUGCAAGAAUCCUUACCGCUUUUGAGAGAGAGUAAAUCACCUUCAAUAAUUCUUAUAUCUUCGAUAGCAGCAUACCAACCAAUUACUUUGUUAGGUGCAUAUGCUGUUAGUAAAACAGCUCUAUUAGGUCUUAACAAUGUAGCUGCUGCUAGUCUUGUAUCAGAAGGAAUCCGUGUCAAUACUAUAGCACCUGGUAUUAUAAAGACUAAGUUUUCGCAAUUACUUGUUGAAGGUGAUAUAGGAGAUACAUCUUUAUCCACAAUACCAAUGCAAAGAUUUGGCGAAACAAAUGAUAUUGCAGGAGUUGCUGCAUUUUUAGCAAGCAAUGAUGCUGCUUAUAUUACUGGUGAAACUAUUGUUGCAGCUGGUGGAAUGCAGUCCAGACUUUAACCAUUGUAUUGUAAUAUCUGUUUCAAUAUUGUGUAUAACUUGUAAUAAGAAUAUUAUUUUUUAUACAUA